AUGCAGUUAAGCACUUUGAUCGUUAAUGACGGCUGGCUUAUUUUAGAUAUAAUGUGUAAAACAUGCAAACAAUUAUAGGAAUAUAUAGCUUUAAAGCUGGAAAAAAGGGAAGUAGAAACUCAAUGUAUUGCUGUGUGAAAGUGGCUUCGGAUAAUCUUCAAUGCCCCUUUGUGGGUGCAGCAGUCCAAGCCAACUGCUUGUUGGUUUCCUUUGUAAACAACAAAAAAGCGAAUUCCCGCCAUGCUCUCCACACAAACAGCUGAGGGGAAUGCUCCUCCCGGUUGCCAGUUAGCUUUCUCUCCCGCUGCCUGGCGCUCUUUCUCCAGGCUCUCCUUCCUUCCGGAAGGUCAGGAGCGACCGUUAAUCAAGCGGAAUGUUGGAGAGGAUGGGAUUUAAUCCACGCCAUCUUGGUUUCCAUGGCUUGACAGGGUUGGUGAAGUCCCUGGAGAGAAAUGGUCGCCUCAGAGCCAGCCUGGCAAUCUGCCGCUGAAACCUAGCUUGAGGGACAGAGGUUGACUCUUCAAGGCUGCCCUCCUGGCCUGGCCACUGGAAGGUGUAAAUUGGCCUCAGUGGUCACCUAUUCUGGGCCCUCUGUCUCCUCUUGCCCUCCAUGGGUGAGCAGCGGCUUCUGUGUGACUUUCCGAAGACAGGUUGGUCAGCAUGUCGGAGGAUGUUGUGAAGAACAGCAAGGAUGGGGGGAUAUUGGUCUUUGCAGACCAAUAAGGUUGAUUCCGAGCCCGAAAUAGCUCAGGAGGAGAUUCUUCCUGUAGAAAAUGAAGAGGCAGCGUCACUGAAGGAUUUUGAACCGCAAGUGGAGGAGGAGCCACCAGGAAAACUGCGGCAAAUAUGUAUUUUCCCACCACAAGGCAUAUUUGCUGAAAUAGUAACAAAUGUAGCAGCAGCAGCGCUGAUCUGGGCUGUUUUCUGGGCUGUUAUAGGCAAGGAAUGUCUUCCUGGUGGAAAUGUCUUUGGACUUUUGUUCCUCUUCUUUUGUUCUUUACUUGGUGGUAAAAUUAUGGAGUCCAUUAGAAUACCUGGCUUCCCUCCACUCCCUCGUCUUUUUGGGAUGCUGCUUGCUGGGUUUCUCAUCAGGAAUGUCCCGUACACUAGUAAACUAGUCCAGAUCAAUGUGAAAUGGGGAGCUACCAUGCGAAACAUUGCCCUCUCAAUUAUCUUGGCUCUUGCUGGUCUUGGCCUCGACCCACAGGCUCUGAAUAAGUUGAAAGCGAUCUGUUUCAGACUAAGCUUUGGUCCUUGCCUCACGGAAGCCUGUGCUGCAGCUGUCCUGUCUCACUAUAUCAUGAACCUGCCAUGGGAAUGGGGGUUUAUGUUAGGGUUUGUUCUAGGUGCUGUGUCUCCUGCUAUCGUUGUCCUUUCAUUGCUGAUGUUGCAAUCCAGAGGAUAUGGUGUUGAUAAAGGCAUUCCUACCUUGGUAAUAGCUGCUGCCAGCCUGGAUGAUAUCGUGGCCAUUACAGGAUUCAACACCUUCUUGGGCAUGGCCUUUUCCACAGGCUCUGUCUUCAAGAGUAUCCUCCGUGGUUUAAUAGAAGUUGUAAUCGGCGCAGGAGCUGGUGGCCUUCUGGGAAUUUUUAUUUGGUACUUUCCAAGCAAGGAUCAGGCAUAUGUAGUGUGGAAGAGAGCAUUCUUUCUGUUGGGUCUCUCUGCGUUUACUCUUUUGAGCUGCAAGCAUUUUGGCUUUCCUGGAUCUGGAGGCCUCUGCACAAUUGUCUUGUCAUUUCUGGCUGGGCUGAGAUGGUCUGUGGAGAAGAAAGCAGUGGAAGAGAUUGUUAGAAUUGCCUGGCAAUUUUUCCAACCCUUUCUGUUUGGUUUAAUCGGAGCUGAAAUAUCCGUUGUCUCUCUUGGACCAAAAAUGGUUGGGUAUUGUAUGAUCACAAUGUGUUUGGCUCUCAUGAUACGGGUUACUGCUACGUUCCUGUUGGUGAGUUUCGCUGGCUUGAACUUCAAAGAGAAAACAUUUAUCGCGCUGGCAUGGAUCCCCAAAGCAACUGUCCAGGCUGCAAUUGGUUCUGUUGGUUUAGAUACAGCCCGAGAGCUGAAGGAUCCAGUCCUAGAACAUUAUGGCCUGACCAUCUUGACAAUAGCUUUCCUGGCAAUCCUGUUCACAGCUCCAACUGGGGCUCUGAUCAUUGGCCUGACAGGACCCAAACUCCUUCACAAGACUGACAUGGGCGAUGAAGAAGGUGGAGGGAAAGCAACUUCACCAAUAUAGGGAAGUGUCAGGGAAUACCUAAAUCGGAACUCCAGGCUUCCAAGAAAUCACAGUGCCCUAUAGUGGCAUACAGUUGUUUGAAAUCCCAUGUGGAAUGCAUUGUAGGUCCUGCUAAAACAGCAACCCAAGUAGAGGAGAAUAUAGUUACAUUAAAUCAGCAUCCAGGUGUUCCUUCGUCCUUCACACAGGAAUUUUGGAUGACUGCAGCCACAAGUGGAGUAGAUCAGGUGCCUGGUUCAAAGAGACAAAUGCCAGCAGGGCGUGAGAAAGCAUUUAGGGUGGCUCCAUGAAGUGUCACUGGAAGUUUACACGGUGGUCUCAGCAGAAAGACAUGCCAGAAGCACCAAUCCCAGCAGUAAAUAAUCAAGAGAAAGUUCAUAGACUUCACAACUGAUGGUCAUAGCUCCCAAUGGCUUUUCCAGUAGCCAAAGGCAGUUAUGUUCUGACAACAGAUGUGCAGUCUUUGGGACCAUCCAGGGAGAGUGAUGUUUCUUUUCCUAUCCUGAAUGCUUAAAACAGUGAGGAAAGGGCCCAAAAUACAAAUAUUGUAAUGGUGCAGUGGGCAGUUGUGGAUUUUGCACAUGGAACAAAGAAAGUUCAUCAAAGUUUGUCCAUGUAUUAGAUACUAAUCUGGCUGGUCUGGCAUUGCAAAGAUUCAUAUUGUCCGCCAUCCUUUCCCCAUCUACACGUUAUAACGUUAAAACAGCGACAACAAUCCAGCGAAAGUAGUAGCUUCAGAGCAAUACAUCGGCCUCUUUGACCUAAUGGGUUGAACUGUAUCCAGGAAGAACUGUUGGAGUCUUUUUUGCUUCUUAUGAAUAUACUUGCAGAGGAGAGGAGAGGAGGGCAGCAGGAAAUGGCUGCUAUUGGAUGAAGGAUGUGUGAUCCUGCUGGGAUGAAUAACGGAGUAUUUUUUAAAGCUUUUACAGUUGCUGGCAAUCACGCAUAUAUGUGUGUUCUGUAAAACGAAAGGGUUGCUGAAGUUCCAGAGGAUACACAAGUUUUACGACUCAAAAAACUAGAUACUAGCAAAAGUUGAGUCAAGAGCUGCACAUGAACCUUAGAAUGUUGCCUCCAAUUUCACAAGUGUGGGGAGUAUAUUACUUUAAAGAUUUCGCAUAUCCAUACAUAUGUCAUUUAGGAAAACCUUUUUUCCAUACUCAGUUUCUCCAUACCCAUGGAUAUUGCAUGGAGUUUCUGGGGGUUUUUUUUUAAAGAGCAACGUUGGGCAUGGGUUAGAAAGAAAUUGGGGUUUUCUCCAACCCUUGAGACCCAGUGGUGAUGAAGUCACUGCUUCAUAAGAUGCUGCAAUUUCUUUGAAAACUAUAGAGGGCAUUGUACUACCUCAACAAAACUGCUCACAAAUACUCCAGUACACCCGGGUUUGUUGUUUUUUUUAAAAAAAGGGUGCUGGUUUGUAAUGCUCGCAGUUUUUUUGCUGACAGCUUUGUAAAAACAAAACACCAGAGAUGCAGAUCAGGUGAGUGUGAAAAGCUGUAUUAUCUGCAUUUUUAUCGCUUGUGGCAAAAACAGUGCUUUUAAAACUGUUGUAUGGAGGAGUACAGGAGUGUCAAAUAGCAUAAGAGAGCCCCCUGCAUCACAUUGCUAAUCAUAUUAUUUUAAGGGGAAAGUUUUAAAAUGGAACUUUCCCUUAUCCCUAGCUUUGAUUUCCACUACAAAUACUCAAGGGUAAUAACAUUGGCAUAGUAUACUUAGAGCUGCCAUCUGUUGGGAAAGAGAAACAGAAUGCUAAAAAAUAUGCACUUUAUAGCUUUACUGCGAUGUUUCACCAGAGGGAGCAAAAGGCUCAGACAUGCAUUAUUUUCCUCCAUUUUGGUCUUGGAAGAUAGAGUCUGAGUCUUCCCUGCACACUCAGAUCUGAUUUCUACAAUAAGUCUUUUAAUGUUCCUUGGGUAGACAUAAGAGUUAUUUUUUUUACAACAAAGACAAGCGUCCAAUAGUCAUUUUCUAAAACCAGAGCUGAAAGCCACCUUCUGGCAACCUUUAACUCUGGCAAGGUGUGAAAAGUACUGUGGAAUCAGAUUGCUGCAUCUGGCUGAGGUUCUGCUGUCAGUCGUACAGAAGGCACCAUGUCUCUACAGCAAGCUGAACUCAAGACCCUUACUUGAAGUGCCUUCCAGGUGCGAAUUCCUGGAAUGGCAAAUUUGCACCCUUUGCUCAACAACAGCAGCAGUUACAACUGGAUUUGCUUUCUUUCUAGUGCAUGACCACUUUGAUACUGGGAAACGUAAAAAAAAGAAAUAAAUGUCAAUGACUUUA